UGUAGCACAAGCAUAAGUGAUUGCUCUUGUGAUUGUCAAUGAAGAUAUUUUAAGCAUUUUUCUAUUAAUCGUGAUUUUACUAAAAGACUGGUUUGUAGUUAUGGUUAUUGAUAAAUUAAAGUGCCCAGACUGGUUUUGAGGUAGAUUACCGAGAUUUCAUAUAAGCUUGCGAAAAUGUUUAGAUGCUAAUUUUAAAUAGUUUCGGUAUUAUGAUUUUCUUUUCGUCUGCAAAGUUGCUGCUUUAGCAUUUGAAAUGGGAACAGUGUGCUUAAGCAUUACUGUGGAUAAUUUAUUUUUGUGGGUAUUAUGAAUUCAAUCUAGCUGUUUAUCAAUGCUGUGAAUUCAACCAAAAUUCAAGCAAUGCCUGUCCUUUUGGAUACAUCUAAUACAUUUGAUGAUGAUGAUUCAGGGGACCUUGAAGAGGAGGCAUCUGGUUCUCACGAAUAUAGGGAAAUAAUUCUGCAACAAAGUGUUACGAUGUUGGCCUACAUGGACAGAACUACCAACAGUUCCUCUGUGUCUUCGGGUAUAGCUGAACCGAGGAUGCUACUGGGAUUUAGUGUUAAUGAUCUCACCAUUUUAAUUGGAGCUGCUAUAGGUGCAGCUGGCUUAAUUAUUGUGAUUUUAACUGCACUCAUUGUUUGGCACUGUUGUAAACUCAGAGGAAGACCUGAAAAAGCUUAUUGUCUUGAUAAUUCUAGUCCUGAUGACAGUUCUAUGAAACAAGGAAAUGGAACAAUGCUCCAUAGCGAUUCUGUGGUAUUUUUGGGUACAAAACCAAAUCAAGUAUCUACUCGCACAAUUGGAAUCAAAAAUGAUAUCUGCCAAUCAAUCCUUACUCGAUCACAAUCUGUACCCUUAAAAGAAGGCAAAGAAUUGCCAAAGGUUAAUCCUGUCAGCAGACAGUUUUCUAGAAAGAGACCUGUCAGUCAACCUGUUCAUUUGCCCGUCGCAUUUCAGCCAGGGUCAUAUUCUCCUAAAAGAGUUCACCCCCAAAAUUAUCGCCAUUUAGAAGAUCCAUCUUUGGGCUUACCUAGCAUACCUGAAAUGGCAUUCAGAAGCUCUGAUAUUAUUCAAGAUGCACCUCCACAAAACCUGUAUGCAUCUUGUAAUGCUCUUGAUGGCCCUUGUGUUUAUAGUUCCUUAUAUACAACAGUCAGUGCUAAUACUACCAUGAAAACUCGUAGUCUACCUUUGUGGGGUCGCUCAAAACCAAGACCUCUUUCAACAGAAGAUGAUUUAAAUGAAUUAUAUGCAAAAGUCAGUUUCAGCAAAAAGCGCAAGAAUCGUAUGCGGAGCGACAGUGCAGCAGCUAUAGCCGUCAACAAGAGCCGUACCUCUUACUUAACUAUUCCAUUUACACACAAGGAUACCGAUUCACUGGUUGACAAUGAAGCAGUAGUCGUGUAUGAUGAACGAACUGCUCUUUAGUCUUUUCACAAGCCAGUGUUGAUCCGUCUCAAUAUUUUCUACUUCAACUUUCUCACUUAAAAGUUGAUCAAUGUAUUUUCUGGAUAAUUGCAUUUCUCAUACUUAAAUAUCAUAUUGUAGUAUAAACAUAAGUUUAGGAUGGAAAGCCGCUGUGGUAUUAAGGCAUUUUUUUAGAAAAAGAAUAUCAUUUUGUUUUUAAUACGGCAUGUUUUGUAUGCUUUUUUUCCCCCAAGAUACAUUUGAGUGCAUCACUGUUUCUUUCCUGAUGUAUCAUUUAAAAAUAUUUCUGUAUUUUUUGGGUCUUCUGAUAUACUUAACUAAAUGAGCCUAAAAAUGUGACUUAAAAACUUUUAUAGUCCUUUUUUAAGCUAUAUUUUAAUACAUGAUGAUUUGUAUUCAUGUUGUAAAGAGAAAGAAUGGAUAUUUCUAGGCUAUUUUCAGUGAAGUAGUUUUUGAUGUGAGCUUUUAUUAACAUAUAUAGUUAUACUGCAACAUUUCUUAAAAAAUUCAUCUAGCCAUUUACUAUUUGUAGAUAAAAAUCUGUGAUAUUACAUUUAUUACAAAUCGGUGUCAAAAUUUGCAUUUGUUUCUGUGACUUUUAUACAUAACUGAUAAUAUUAAAUUGAAGGGAAAAAAUCAAACCAAAUGUACAUAAUUUAUGUUGACAUCUGUAAUAGUCACACGCAAUAAAAUUAUCAAAUGUAUUCUAAAAGUAUGAAUAACAUCAAUCUUCAUCAAAUGUAAAUAAUUAUUAGCUAGCAUGUAUUUGUACUAGUCUGUGGUCUUGGCUUCAUCUAUGUGAUGUAUUGGACUGCGUCUUUUAUUCUUAAUAGUUAGAGUUGAAGCCUUUUGUACCUCUCUCUCUCAAGUACUCUGCAUAGCACUAAAUUAUGAAAGUUAUGCUAUAAAUUGUGAAAUAACUGUAGAAAUAUGCAAAGCUCUCCACCACUUUUAACUGGUAGAACAAAUCAAAAUGGUUGAUAACUUAUAUAUAAUUGUCUUUGAAUGCUAACAGUUUUUAUCAAGUGUUAAUACUGAGUUAAUUAACUCUACUUACUGAUAGUUGCUUGCAUUUAGAGAAUCUCAUUUUUUUUGUGUACUUGUAAAUCACAGGACUUUGUAAGCACUUCAAGAUUUCAGUAAAGAUUUUAAAAUUUUAUGGAUUUAAUUGACAGCACUUAUUUUAAUUUUUGGUAGAAAUACUUAAGAUUCUGUAACAUGUAAAAGAUGUUUACUGCAGGUCAGUUAUAUAUCUACAAUUAAAUCUGUUCAAUUAAAUUCAGAG